AUGGGAUCCUCCAAAACAGCAUCCGACCCCAGGGUCCCCAGGAGAGUGCGCCUCACAGUGGGCCCCCAAAGAGAGGGGGCCCCAGCAGGGAGACUUAGGGCCCUUGCCCAGCCAGAGAAGGCUUCAGGACCACAGGAGCCUCCCUCUCCCAAGAGCAAGGAGGUGAACAACCCCCAAACGAGGGCAGUGGGGGACCUCCUGGCCAGGGAGAUCCUGACACGUUUAUUCUCCUCCUACGCGUGGAAACAUCCAAAAUCGACCUCAGCGAAGAGCUGUAGCCCUGGGUGGCAGACCCUCAAGACCUGCCUAAGUGCUUGCUCCUCGUUCAUCACCUUCAGGGACCUCUACAACACCCCCAGUGAGACUUUGGAUUCCUCCAUCUCCUUGGCUGAGGACUCGGAGGUUCCCUCUCCACAAUCACCCUAUCUUACCAUUUUAAAUGAAUAUAUGAGUCCGGAGAUGCUAACACAGUUGGAGAGAACGGUGAAAAAAAGAGCAGUGCUAGCCCUGAGGACACUGACCAAACAGAAACAAGAAUCUCAAAUGAAGCAACAACCCCUACUGCAGGAGAGCAAGCAAUUGUUGGAGGAAAAGUUACAUGUCUAUGAUGACAGCAAAUUCUUUGUGGACUAUCUGAACAAAAUAAACGAGCAGCGUAAAAAGAAACAUCAGGAACUGUGGGAGGAAUACUUCCAACAAUGUGGGGCUAUAGAACAAAAGAGACAAGAACUAGUCUCCCAAUACAGAAAACAAAAUGCAGACCUAAAGGCACAGCUCAUGCAGGGCAGAAAGAAGCAGUCCAAUGCAAAGCGCCAGUUGCAGACAGUGAGUCACAUUACGAAAAUAAAAGAGAAACAGAAUAUGAAAUUAGAGGCAUUAAAGCAAGAGACAGACCAAGUCCUGAUGGAGACACCUUUCAAGGACCGGUCGACCCACUUCGAGUUCCUAGAACGCAGGGAAUUGCUAAAGAAAAAAUUGAAUCAACUAGAUAUAAUGCAGCAUGGAAAGAAUCAAACAAGAGAGCUUAAGAAGAAGGCCAAGGCCUUAGAAUUGACAGCCAGGCAGGUUCAUUUGAAUUUCUGCUAUGACAUCAAUGCAGCAAACAGGCAGAUAAGGAAAGAAUUGCAGGAACUAACUCAACAGUACCAAAAGUUGAACUCUGUGAAAAACCAGUUAAAAACACAGAAGCAGAUGCUGAAGGAGGAGCAGUGGUAUCUGGAAGCCUUAAAGAAAGGGAGACAGCGACUGCAGACACAGAGAAAAAACAAGGAUAAUGUGUGCCCCACAGUGCAGAUUGCUCCAAGGGUCCCAAGGAGCCACUCCUUAGGCGCCAAAUCAAGAGUAAACCCAAAGGGAUUCCUGCAAUUAGCUAUGGAAUAA